CAGAGAUGUCAAGCACUGAAUCUGCUGAACCUGUAGCUUCCAUGGAAGUGAAUGAAGCUCCUAUGUCCAUUGACCAUCAACAACGUGAUGAAGCUCCUAAUGAUCAAAUCGAUGCUGCCCAAGAGCAACCAAUUCAUCCAAGCCCAAAGGAUACUGAUAGGGUUCAGCAGUCAGGUACAGGAAUGGAUUUUGCUGUGAUGCAUGGUGCUGCAGAGGAAGAGAAGAAAACAGUUGUACUGACUAAUAGUAAUGAAGCCCCUAUUCCUACUGAUACUCAACUCUCUAGUGCUGAUGGUUACCACCCAAGUGGGGUCUUGUCCGAAAGCCAUACGACCCCUGUUGAAGUAGCCAUUGACAAUGGCGAUGCUCUUUCAAGUUCUAUUGGUGCAAAGGGGACCAAGAUGAUGGAUGGCCAAUCUGAUCAGAUAGCUGAUGGCUCCAGUAACAGUUUUGAAGUUUCACAGGAGGGGGUUCAUAUGAUGCCUCAGCUUCAGUGUAGUACUCUGGAGUCCGAGGCACCAGUAGAGGAUCAUAAUGCUGUUACAGAAGCGGAGAAAACAGAUGGUGUUAUUUUCAAUCCAGAUGAAGGUUUUCAGGAGAUGACAAAUGAUGGUAAUGGGGAUUUGAAGCUGGUUCCUGGAAGUGAAGAUUCAGUGGUUAAUUCAGAUGGGGGAGAUCUCAAUCACAAGCCUGCCGAAACUGUGGCUACUCUCAACAAUACUGAACAAGCAACAGCAAAUUGACGAGUGUUGAGGACUCUUCAGUGUAAUGAUCUUCUUGGUGGAAGUAAAAUGUGCAAUAGCUCACUGUGCACCAUACGACGGUUGGUUAGGAUUGAUGAAAGUGUCAAGCUAGAUUCACUUGCAUAAUCUGUGGGGCAAGUGGACUGUCAAUGGUUGCUGUAAUUUUUCCAUGUUAGGGUUGGUCCCCUUGGAGUUCCUUACAUGUAACAAAGUGUGAGAGGGUGGAGCUAGGAUGCUGCCAUAAAUGCGUUUCUAUUUGUGUGACUAUGAAAUUUGGAACUGUCAAGGUGAUGGCUCUUUGAAGGGCAAA